AUGAAUUGGGAGCUGACACUUGACGACAUCUACCUCACGUGCGAGCUGAACUGCUCGCUGAGCCAUGUAGCCGCCAUGGAGGAGUACCUAGCGGCGUCAGCGGGCGACUUUGCAGAGCUGCGCGCCCAGUUGGAGUCCGUGGUAUCGCCAAGCGGUCAAAAGGUCGCCUGGGAGGUGCGGACGUGUAGGAGGGCCAGCAACCGCAGUCCCCGCAUCGGCACCUUCGCCGGCGGAGGCAGCGGAGGCAGUGGGGCCGGGCACAGCGCAGCAGCUCGGAUGCAGGCGUUUCUGGGGAUGAUGCGGCGCGUGGUGAGCUGUGGCGGUGCGCCGGGCUGGCGCGGUGAAGGUGUCGCAGCCCGCUGGACUCCUUACAUCACAAAAUACUUUCCUCUCCCAGUGCGCAGAGCCAGUGAGCAGCGGCAGGCGCGUGCGGAGAAGGCCCGACAAGCCAUGGUGGAAGAGAAGCUGGCCCGCCUGGCGCAAGCAAACCAGAGCAGACAGACCGUCAAGUCCUUGAUGGAGGAGCGGGCAGGCGCCAUCGCGGCGCGUGUGGACAGCAAGAUUGCUCGCAGUGCGGAGCUACGGCAGGCGCACUUGGCAGAGCGAGUGCAGAAGGCGGUGGAGGAGACGAAGAAGGUGGCGGAAGUGGCGUUCAUCAACCAGAUGUUGGAGAUGGAUAAGAAGCUGGCGUUACAGGAGAAGCUGGAGGAAGGCGAGUCCCGGCGCAGACAAGCCCUUGAGGCGCUGCAGCAGCGCGGCAAGGGCGCGGCGGCCGCAGUGGAGGAGGCGCAGGAGCGGCGCAAGCUGUUGGAGGCGGAGCGACGUGAGCAGCUGGCGGACCGGCAGCGGCGUAAGAUGGCCGCACAGGCCAAGCUAGAGGAGGAACGACGGGCUGCAGCAGCGGCGCGUGAGGCGGCCAGCCGGGCACAGCGCGCCGCCGCCGCGCAGGUUGCCGAGGCGCGCCAGCGCCUGCGCGACGUGCUGUCCAUACGGAUUGAGGAGCGGUUGCGUGAGGCGGCUGCGAGGAGGGCUCAGCACCUGGAGCUCAUCAAGGAGAGAGCCGCGCUGGGCAAGGACCUGUACGAACGCCGUACAAUGGACGGCAACACGACGUCGCCGCGCUCGCCGCAAUCGCGGUACACUCGGCCGCCGUCACCGGAAGUGGCGUCCGCGGGCGCCGGCGGGCACACGGCGGCGGCCGCGGCAGCGACGCCGCCGCCGCUGGGGCGUCCUGUGACGCCGCCUGGCGGCGGCGGCGCCGCGGCCCGUGCGGCUUCUUCGGGCGCUCUGUCCGCUAUCGCCGCCGCCGCUGCUGGCGGCGCCGGCGGCCUGUUGCCUUGCUCGCCGUCAGCGCUGUUGCCCACGUCGAGCUCUAACGCGGCCUUCGCGCCCGACAGCAGCUCCUGCCCCAGCCCGCUGCGCUCCUCCGACCGCUCCAUCACCCUCAGUACGGAUCCACGAAGGCGCCAGAAGGGCAUGCGGCGGAGGGCCUGCAAGACGUUGGCGAGGAUGGAGGCCGCGCGUCCCAACUACGAGGAGCCGGCGCACCUGCAGAGCCUCCUUGAAGGUGCGGAUGGACGCGAGCUCGUGGCGGCCUGGGCAGAAUUGGUGGGAACGGCACUGAGGGAUACCGCCACGGCGGCGGCUGCGGCGGCUGCCGCCGCAGCUGCCGCCGGCAAGGCGGGCCGCCGGAGAGGCGCUGCUGCUGCGGCCGCUGCUGCAGCGGCAGCAGGCGCUAGCGAUGUCGUUGCAGCGGUCCGGGGCAACGGUGGCGGCUCUGGGAGCAAAGGGGAUGCUGCAGGGCCGGUUGCGGGGAUUGCUGGCAGCGGUGGUGGCAGUGGCGGCGGCGGGGGGGCAUGUACAGGCGGCGGGGUCUCGCCGGUGGGCUCGGAGGCAGCGGCGGUUGCGGCGGCGGCAGCUGCGUCUGUGAAGCACCUGCUGCAGCGCGUUCACACUGACUUAGGCGGGAGGAGCAAGGGCAUCGCGCUCCACGCGUCCCGACCUUCCGGCCUUCUGGCGGCGCUGGCAGAGUUGCUGACGACACCGGUGGCGGCCGCGUCUUCCCACCCGCCGCAGACGUCAGUGCAGUUGAUGGAGCUGUUGGCGCUGUUGGUGACCUCGUCGCCCCACAACACCGCCUGGCUGCUGGCCCGCUGCGGGGCGGGUGCACUGGCGGGUCUGGUGCGGUGCGGCAUGCGGGCGCUGGACCGCUACAACGGCCUUGCGGCAGAUGAGGUGUGGGAGGAGCCCCCGGAGGCAAGGUACCUGGCGGCGCUGCUGCAGCAGGAGGAGCUCGUGGCGUAUGUGGUGGCAUGCGGCCUCAUACACAGGUCCACGGAGCUGUUCAGUUUGUUCGACCAGCCUGCCGCCAACGACACCGCCCCCAUACCCGGAUAUGUGCUCCAGUGCCUGGCUCUGCUGGAGGCUAUCACAGGAGGGCCCCGGCGCCGCUCCCCCGCUGGUGGACUCACGAUUCAGAAGCGCUGGCUGCCGGCCGCUGCCAACGGCGCCGCCAUAGCGCUGGCUUUCCAGGAGACCUCCAUGGCCGGUUUGCCGUCGCUGCUCACCGCGGUGCUGCUCCGUGCGGCGCCCAGCUGCACCCCCGCGGAGGCGCGGCCUGAGCGGUUGCCGCCCAACUUCGUGGAGGCGGCGGCGUGCGUCAUGCGGGUGCUCAACAACAUCGCCAGGUUGGACCUGGUGGCAGCACAGAGUAGCCUGGGCGCCUCAGAUUUACGGGUCGUGUUCUUCCACUUGCCCGCUAACCAGGACGUGUUGCUGUGGGGCAAGAGCCCCACCAUCCUUCAGCGCCUGGCGGAGGUUCCCUUUCCGUACUUCGUGGAGCAGCAGCUGUAUCAGGUACUAGUGCUGAUGCCGACGCUGCUGUCCGUGUGCUACGGAAGUGAGCGCGCGUGUGCCACCCUUGCCCAACACAUGGAUCUGUACCUGCUGAGGAGCUAUGUGGAGACCAUGAUUCGACAGUUCCAUUUGAAUUCGUUGACGACAACAACAUUGGAGGCCGGUGACUGGGCCCACCAGCGCCGGCAGCGUGGAGCUGGUUUCCCCGGAGAGCAAAAAGAGCUGGAGGAGGAGCAGCAGCAGCGGGGAGAAGCACCCAGCGCGACAGACAUGAUCUCCGGGUCAUCUGCUUCUGUUUAUGUCGCUUCUGCUUCUGAACGUAACCAGGUCGAAGGAUCGUCGUCGUCGUCGUCGACGUCGUCGUCGUCAUCGUCAUCGUCGGCACCACGGCAACACUCGGUUGCUGUUGCUUCCGCAGGGGCUGUGGCGGCGGGCGGUACCGGCCCCCUCUCCCCCCGAAGACAGCUCCUGCAGGACCUACCCACGUCUGCGCUGGGAAUGCCAGACAGUAGCGCUCCUAGAGGCAACAGCGGCGGCGGGAAUGCCGUUCAGAGCCUGAGCAUUGUUGAGCAUGGCUCGCAGCGCACUGCAGCGCAAACGGGGUCGCCGGCCGGCGCCGGGGUAGCGUGGGGUGAUGAUGCGUUUGUGCUUCCUUCGCCGACGGCGGGCCGCUACAGCCUGCCGCAGCGCUUUCCGCUGGAGCUACUGCCACAGGUGCUGGCCUUCCUGGAGCGGCAGAUGCCGGGCGCGGCAGAGCGCGUGGGGUCAGCGGAGUCGUCGCUGGCGGCGGCGGUAGCUGCCGCUGCAGCGGUUGGACGCCUGACGGCUGCGCCGCCGCCUCAGCUGUCGGCAGCGCCGUUGGCGAUACUGGCGGGUACGGACGGAGGCGGCGGUUGUACUAAGGCGGCAUCCAAGAAGCGCGCAGUAGGGACUACCGCCGCGGCUGCCGCCGCCGACGCCGCUAGUGGUGGCAGCGGCGGCGGUGCACCGUGCCCGUUUGCGAUGGGGGAUGUACGGCCGGUUGUCACCGUCGUGAUGGCGCCAUGUGCGGAGAUGCCAGCGGAGGCUUCGAUGGAGGGGGGGAACAGGACGGGGACCAGGGCUGGGGCGGCAGCGGCGACGAUGGGGCCUGCAGGCGGGCAUGGGACGCAACAAGGGACUCUGUCAACUCCUGAUAGCAAGGCUGGGGCAGGCGCGGCCGCGGACGUGGCAGGCGGCAGCGGCGCCGCCGCGGCGGAGUCGCCGACACCAAGCUCCGGAACCGGCACCGGUGGUGCGGGCGCAGGCGGGACAGGCAGCAGCGGCAGAGCGGGUAGCAGCGCCGGCAGCUUUGGAUACAGCCAUCACGUCCGACGGUUCUUAGAUGCUUCGGAUGUGCCCGUGCCGUUCGCGGUGGGGGCUUUUCGGCGGCAUAGGAUCUUCGAGGCGGCUGCGGCGGCAGCCGUGGCGGAGGUUAGCGGCGGCGGUGGCGGCAGCGGCAGCAUGGACGCGAACAACUGCGCGCGGUCGUACGUUUCAGAGUUGAGCUUUGGCGGCUAUCUUACACCGUCGCUGCAGGGCGACUCCAGGGAGGGCGAUCCCCAGUCGCCGGGCGAGGACGAGCGGAUGGCGCUGGAUGAGUUUGACCUGGAGCAGUACGAGCAGCAGCGCUUGGAUGAGCAGCAGCACCUGGACGAGCAGGACGUGCUACUGUUGGACGAGCCACCCAUUGACUGCGGUGCCGGCGGCUGCCGCAAAGCGAACGCAGCGGCGGCAUCUGCGAUCCGCAAACCGGCGGGUUGUCAUGGGGGCGGCGAUAGCGGCGAAACGGAGCAGGGAGGCGAAAGUCCGCCCGAUUUGGGGGCAGGGCUGCUGGCUGCAAAGAAGGCGAACGGACGGGGGGCAACUGGGACAGGAGAAUCUGGAUCGCCAUUAAGAACCGGACAAGCAGGCCAGGAAGAUGACGAGGGGUCAGCGGGCGUUGUUAUGGAUGCGUGGUGGAGGCGGAUCGGCUACGAGUUUAGCAGUGUGGGCGACGGCAGCGACAGCGAGUUGUCUACGGGCGAGGGUGACGAAGACUCCUCGCUGGGUCCCGGAUCUCCCGCCGCGACGGGGACAUCCUUGCCGUACGGUGCGCAGGCGGGUGGGGUUGGUAAUGGCAGUACAAACGGAGGCGGUGGCGGAGGGCCCGUCAGCACCGUGAUGGCCUCACUGCGGGAGGCUUUCCUGGCGGCGACGGCACCGCAGCGACCCGCACCGCAUGUGGCGCCAUACAGCCUGCCGACGGCGGCGGACGACUCAGUUAGCUGGACCAGCAAGUACCUAAAAGGUAAUGAGCAGCUGCGGGACCUGGUCAACACGUUACUGGAGCUGGCUUUCCUGGCCCCUCACAGGGCCCUUAAUUCCGGCAAGGUGCACCUGAGCAUCAGCGUGGCUUGUAGUCACAGCUCCGAGACCAGCCUGGUGGCGAACAAGGAAGACUACCAGCGGACCAAAUUGCUGGAGCUGCGAGUGAAGGCCCUGGGAUGGGCCUUCGAGCUUACGCUGCGGCCUAGCAGCGAGGUCGUACUUUGGGACAAGUACGGCGGUGUGGCGUCGGCCGUACAGGACAACUGGUUCGUACUGGGCGCCAUCCUCAAGGACCAGUUUGGAAUUCUGAUGGAGGAGGACACCAUCGCCCGUCCAGCCUGCAUGGCUUGCCGCCGUACCUGCCUUGCAAUUACCCUCAAUAAGAUCUACUGA